AUGCUUGUGUCACUGUUCAGGUAUAUCUUCUCGCGACGAUAUAUGCCAGUCCUCGAGAGGCCUGCAGGCGAUCUUAGCGAGAAAGACUUCGAUCUCGAGUCUACAGGCUCCGACACCUCCGAGGCAAGUACACUUACCGGCAGUGUGAAGCCGUCCUUCAAGGCAGAUUCACGGGUCAUCUCAGACGCCAUCAUCGGCCUCUCAGACGGCCUUACCGUGCCAUUCGCCCUGACUGCUGGACUGUCAGCCCUUGGGGACACCAAGGUGGUCAUUUAUGGCGGCCUCGCAGAACUCAUUGCGGGAGCGAUAUCGAUGGGUCUAGGAGGAUAUCUGGGGGCCAAAAGCGAAGAGGAAUCAUAUCACGCGACACGAAAGCAGACAAAGGACCAAAUACUGAGCGACCCAAAUUCCCUCUCAGAGAGCAUCUCGGCCAUCUUCGAGCCUUACCACCUCCCAGAGUCUCUGACAUCCGAGAUUACGACUCAUCUCGAGAAAUGCGACCCAGACAACCUGGUCAACUUCGUCAUGUCCUUUGAGCACGCCCUUCCCGAGCCUGCCGGUUCUCGGGCCUUGACCUGCGCCCUGACGAUUGCCCUCGGCUACUUUGUUGGGGGCUUCGUCCCGCUCCUGCCGUAUUUCUUCACCGCUCACAUCUCCAAGGCUCUGCUCUGGUCUAUUGGGACCAUGGCCCUGGCUUUGUUUCUGUUCGGAUAUGUCAAGACGUGUGUGAAUGUUGGGUGGCGACGGGGAAGGCACAUCUGGCAGGGCGUCUUGGGAGGAAUCCAAAUGGUUUUUGUCGGUGGUGCGGCCGCCGGAGCGGCCAUGGGUCUUGUUCGAGCAUUUGAUUAUCAUGCUGCGAGUGGCUGA